AUGUCAUCCUCCGAUUCGAUCGAUCGAAAAAACGUUUCAGUAACAGGAUGCGACGACGUAGUGCAAUUUCCUGAAAUAAUCGACGAUAAGAUAAAUACCGAGGAGUUUUUACAAGCCGCUCGCGAUGUCGUGCGAACAGUUGAUAAAUUUGGCAAAUUGUUUGCGCCCGUACGUUAUGACAUGCAAGGCAAUAUCGAUAAGCUCACAACCAGGUAUUCAAUGAAUAAAACAGUCAAUUCAACUCUACAAGACAUGAUUUUGCUUGAAAAGUCUACGGAAAAAGAUCUCAUUGCAGUUGAUGCCUUAAUGUGGUUAAGAAGGGCCUUGCAUAUGAUUUUACUAUUCUUUGAAAGAAUCGUGGAAGCUCAUAAAACUGAGGAACCAACAGAAGAUUUAGUUGCAUUCUUAAGAGAAGCAUACAAAGAAACUUUGGAGCCAUAUCAUGGUUGGAUGGCACAACAGUUAUUCAAUCUCCUGUCACGUAUGACGCCUUCUCGUUCACAACUCUUACUGGCGUUAGCAGAUGGAGAAACGGGAAAAGAAGAAGUUACUUUAAGUAACAUGGAGCUAUCUUUAGUAAAUCUAAGGAAAAAUGUAACAGCUUUGAAGGCGUUUUAUAAUGAUCACAAUCUAGAAGUGACCACUGUAGUAUAAUGUAAAGUGAAUAAGAGUUCAAUAUUAUAUCUUUGAUGCAGGAAAAAGCUACUGCCUGAGAGAAGAAAAGAUACAUAGAUUACAUAAAAAAAGAAAAAGAUACAACAAAACUAUGAGAAACUAUAUAUAUUUAUUAUGCAUAAAAAAUUGGAAAUUAUAUAUAUGUUACUUAUAUUUCUAGAUUUUAUCAAAUACAAAAAUGAGUUUCUAUUCAAAUGUAUCACAUUAUGUCGAGUCUUUCAGCAUAUUAAUAGUGCAAUAAUCUUAUUAAAUCUCAAAAGCAAUAAAUAAUAUAUUAUCAUCAUUAAUGUUUAUUAUCAUCAAUUUCAUAUAACUGUGCGACGUAAAAUCUUUUUGCGUGAUGGUCCGCUGAUUUCUUCAAAGCUACUGUAGCCGUUAUAAUUUCAGUAACGAGCAAAAACGCCAUGAUACCGUUAAUGAUUGUUUCACUAAGAUGAGGUAUUAUUUUACUAUCGAAAAGAAGAAACAUUUCUAAAGGAAAAUGUAUGAGGGUAGAUAUCAGCCAGAAGCUUGCCAGUUCUGGAAUCUGUGAUAAAAAAGAAUAAAAAGACAAAAAGAAAAUAUCUUCAGUCCUAA